CCUGUUGCCCUUUCUUCACCCCGAUCAAACAUCAAACACACUUGAAAAGCCGAGCCAAAUUGGGAGGAAUCCUUAAUUUGGGUGCUGUGAUCUCUCCCUCUCCCAAAAAACCCCAACAAUCUGAUCGCUUCCCGGUUCUUUCUUGCUACGUUCGAGAAUGGAGGGGGAGGUGCGGGAGGUGGAGGUGAUCCACUCAUGGUCGGCUCCAAGAUCCCUCAGCACCAGCCUCAUGUACUCCUUUGCCCAGAGAGAUGAUAUAGAGGUCCUUGAUGAACCUCUCUAUGCAAAUUUUUUACAAGUCACUGGGGUUGAAAGACCUUACCGCGAUGAGCUUCUUUCCAAAAUGGAUUCUGAUGGCAAUAAGGUUGUCAAGGAGGUGAUCUUUGGUCCUGGAAAGAAGAAAUAUCGUUACUGUAAGCAUAUGGCAAAACAACGCCUUCCUAAUUUAACGAGUGAUUUGAUGAGGAAAGGGAAACAUUUCAUAUUGAUACGGAACCCUCUUAAUAUAUUGCCAUCAUUCGACAAAGUUGUGCCGUUAUCUUUUCUAGAGCUGGGUUUGGCAGGACUUGUCGCCAUAUAUAGCGAGCUAUGUGAGCUUGGGAACCCUCCACCAGUAAUAGAUGCUGAAGAUCUUGAAAAAGAUCCCGAGGCUGUCUUGCGUGGACUUUGUCAGGAUUUGGGCAUUCCUUUUCAGCCGUCAAUGCUUAGAUGGGAAAGUGGUCCAAGAGAGUUUGAUGGAAUAUGGGCCCCUUGGUGGUAUGGUAGUGUACACAAGUCGACAAGUUUCUCGAAACCUCGUGCUUAUCCCUCGAAAUUUCCAUUUGCGCUGUAUGACUUACUAGAGCAGAGCUUGCCUUUCUACAACAUGCUUAAACGCCAAACUAGGCAAAUGGUAACACCUCUGGGACCUUCAUUACCUAUUCCUACUCUUCCAGUUCCUGCCAAUGAGAAAAUUCUUGUGUGGGUUGGUGAUGAGCUCUUGCCCCGUGAAAGUGCAAAGGUUUCAGUUCUCGAUUCAGUUGUACAAGGGGGUGAUGCAGUGUGGGAGGGACUUCGUAUAUACAAUAGAAAGAUUUUUAAACUUGAGGAGCAUUUAGAUAGAUUGUUUGAUUCUGCCAAAGCUUUGGCUUUCAGCAAUGUUCCAACUCGUGAAGCGAUUAAGGAGGCCAUCUUCAAAACUCUCAUCUCAAAUGGAAUGUUUGACAAUGCUCACAUUCGACUUACUCUUACGCGUGGGAAAAAGGUUACAUCUGGAAUGAGUCCAGCUUUCAAUCUAUAUGGAUGCACCUUAAUUGUGCUUGCUGAGUGGAAACCACCGGUUUAUGACAACUCAGGCGGUAUAAAAUUGGUGACUGCAACAACACGUCGUAAUUCACCAAAUAGCAUAGAUUCCAAGAUUCAUCACAACAAUCUUAUCAACAACAUUUUGGCAAAGAUAGAAGGAAACCUUGCCAACGCUGAAGAUGCGGUCAUGCUAGACAAAGAUGGUUUUGUAUCAGAAACCAAUGCAACAAAUAUUUUUAUGGUAAAGAAAGGCCAGGUAUUGACACCGCAUGCUGACUACUGCCUUCCAGGAAUAACUCGCACAACUGUGAUGGAUCUAGUGGUGCAAGAGAAGCUGGUUCUACAUGAGCGACGUAUUAGUCUAUCCGAGUUCCAUGCUGCUGAUGAGGUGUGGACAACUGGAACAAUGGGCGAACUUACCCCAGUGGUUAUGAUCGACGGACGAGUAAUUGGCAACGGAGAAGUCGGCCCCGUGACAAGGCAAAUCCAAAGUGCCUACAAAGCCCUCACUGCAGAAUCCGGCUUGCCGAUACCAAUACCUACGAAUGAAAAGGCUUGAUUCCCUUUUCGUCGACCAUUGCAUAUCUCAUUAUUGCAAUAGAUGCUACCUUAAGCCAUGCUGUAAUAAAAAAAGAUACAUCAGCGCAACUGUGUUUCUCCUGAGGAUAAAACUGUUGGUCAUUUUUUUAUAUGAGGAACAAAGGAUAAUUUAUCAAGUGUAACAAAUUUUUUUAUUUUUUUUAUUUUUUAAUUUUUUUUAGGUGAGAAGUUUUGGAAAGCUAUUUUUCUCACUUGAAAUAUGAAGAUUUUGUGCAA